CUAACAGCCUGAUUGUUGGGAUCACUAUGAGACUAUGUUUCUCAUUAUUUUUAUUUUUUCCCUUUCGUGUAGGAGAAAAGGAAUUAGUGUCAACCUUUUACAAUGAAUUUCACAAAAACUGGUGUUGUGUGGCAAACUCUUGUGUUGUACCAAUAGAGCUAAUAAAGUAACAAAAAAAUUAGUGAUUUAAGACACUAAUUUGUUGGGGAGAUAUGAGUGAAAUAAUAAAGCAGUACAGGAUUUCAAACAGAGGACAUAACCUAGCUUCUUUUUCUUCCACUGAGUACUAAGCUUCCAUACAAAAAAUGUUCCAUUAUUUUGCACACUUGUGUUUUAUCCUUCAUUCUUUCAUGCAGCCUUGCAUCAGAAAAUAAUUCUCCGGUCUCUUAGUUUUUAUCAAAUUUCAAUAGUUUGACUAUGACACAAUAUUGACAAGCUAAAGACCUUUGACUUUGCUUCUUGACCCAUGUGCUGCAAUCUUGGUGCUUAUAAAGAAGUUCACAUUUUGAGUUGGGAUUAGAGCAACCUAAUUUAAGAUUCAUCUGAAUAAGACUGAAUAAUUCUGGUUUUGUUUUGUAGUAAGCAGAAGGAAGGCGAUAUCUAAAUAAAUUCAUUUAUUUGGUGUUCAAUUGUAUGCCCAUUUGUCUGAGCAUAAACUACUUAUAACACAACGACUCUUGCUUCUGAGCAAGAUGUAUGGGAUGAGUUAGGAAUCUCUUUGUGAAAUAGUAGUUUACCCCAGAUUUUCUCAGGUGUCAGUCUUGGGCCCCUUCUAAACUGCCAUAUAAAAUCCAGAUUAUCUCCUUUGAAGUGGAUUAUAUGAGAGUGGCCCCUUUAUACUGCCAUAUAAUUCAGAUUAUCAAACCAGAUAAUCCACAUUAUCUACUUUGAACAGGAUUAUAUGAGUCUAUAAUCCAGUUCAAAGAAGAUAAUCUGGAUUGUCUGCUUUGAUAACCUGGACUAUGUAUAUGACAGUGUAGAAGGGGCCUUGGAAGCCCAUGAAACACCAUAAUGCCUAUGCCACCCAUUUUGUAGAAAUCUGUAUGUUGCAGACCACAGGGACAGGGUGAAGAAGAACCUCCACAAAUUAGUAUGGAAGUGAACAGGGAAAGGGAGAAGCUCCAAAUAAUGUGUACUGAUGGACUGGAUUUUAUAAACUGCUGCUGCCAUGCACAUGGGGCAAUAAAAAUAUUAAAACUUCUCAUAAAACCAAGAAAGAAAAUGAGUACUGGGCAUAUAAAUUAUAACCAAAAAAUCUACAAGGAACAAAAAAAGUAGUAAAAUGUGAGAGUGGCAAUUAAAAUUGAAGGGUGACAACAUUAUGCAGGCUUAAAAGCCUUGUCUUUAUUGCAACAAAAAUAUGCAAAAUGUUUAAAUAAGCAAAUUCCUGUGCCUCAGGAAAGACUGUUGUGACUGGGGCAUUGUUAGCAAAAGGCCCUAUUUUGAAUACUCACCUGUCUAACCUCUCAAAGUGUUUGGAUGUAACAAUUAUUCAAUAAAGAUGAUAGUUUAUGGACAGCUUCAAAACCUCUGUAGAUCAAAACAAGCAUCUUUAGUUGUGACUAGAAUGGAACUAAAAGCCAGCCAAAGCCUACAGUGAUCAAUACAGUGGUCAAUAGUACACAUGAGACAAAAACCUAGCUGUCACACUUUGAACUGGUUAUGCAAAUAUUAUUUAGAUUCAUGCAAAUACCUUAAUUCUAAACAAGGUCAGACCUGGUUAGAGGUUGAAUAGGAGACCACCAGCAAAUACCAGGUGCUGUAGGCUAUAUUUCAAAGGAAGGAACUGACAAAACCAUCUCUGAAUAUUCCUUACCCAAGGGAACUCUAUUAUAUUCAUGUUAGCACUGUAAGUCAUCAGACUACUAGGGAGGCACAGAGCCAGAAUUUCAUUUCCUAAAAAAUGGUGCAUGACUCAACAAAAGUAAGCAAAGGUUCUAUUCGCCCACCAUAUGCACCCAUCUUUUUGAGGAGCAGCAGUAAACAAUCUGUGUUUACUGAUCUUUGCUUUGUGCAAAAGAGCCACACGUUUAUCUACACAGAAAAAAAAUCUCUAGAAUCCUUUGAGACCUAAUACUGGCAGAAACCUACUCAGUUUUGCUGCUCUAUUAUUCUUCCUGACAAGGUUUUCAACUGGGAAAGAAAAUAUUUUGUUCAUCCCUAAAGUGACUACAUUAUAAGGAUAUAAUUCUGAGGGAAUCUACUGAAUCCACAAGAAUGGAUCUUUGGGGGGGAAAUCUGUGUAUAUUUUUUAUCUCUCUUAAGUUUAUCCGGUGGUUUUCUGGGGGAACUGAGGGCCCUUCUACACAUGGCUAAAAACCCAGAAGUAACCAGAUUUAAAAAGUAGGUGGCUAAACGACGUUAGCCAAAGUGUGGCUGGAUUUGGGUUAACAGCUGAAAAGCACAUGUUAAAAAGGUGCACUCAAAGCCCGCUUCCGCCUGAAAAAUUGGAAUCUUCACAUGACUGCAUAUCUCUGCAGUCAUGCAAAACACAACCUUUCCUUCCCUUCCCCCAUGUAAGUAAGUAAGUAAAACUUUGUUUCUAUCCUGCCCUAUCUCCCUAUAGGGACUCAGGGUGUUUCAAAACAUAAAGAGCAAACAUUCAAUGCCGAAUAAUACUAGACUAAAACAAUUAAGACUAAUAAUAUAAGACUAAAACAAUUAAAAAUAAACAUAACAGAGCAUUUGGCAAUAAAGCAAAUCACAUGAAUAGAAUAACAGUAAAUUACACGAUGUUAAUAAAACAGAAUUUAAAAGCCAUGUUCAAAUUCCAUUCCUUAUUUCAUAAUAUCAGGUCUUUAAACAUUAAAAGCCCCGAUCAGCUGAUCAGGCUGUCAAAACAUGGAGCCACAGACACACAGGUGGCUCAAGGGAAGCACAAAGGGAAAGCAAUUAGAAUUCUCUGAAACACUUUGUUUCAAACUUGAUAAUAUUAAACAGAGCUUAAAUUGACAAUUGGGUCAAGUGAGAUAAUAAAUCUGCUUGUGUUUACAUUAAGAUAUUCGCAUGUGCGCAUAUGCGGUCCAGCGCAUAACGGAGUGAAUUUUUAAAUAAAAACUUCUGCCAGAUGUCCCCUCUCCACCCUCCAUCAUGAUCAAUUACAAAGGAAGAUGCGAGGAUGGCAGGAAACCAUUUCCCAGGACUGACAAGUUCGUAUGUGGACCAUAAUGUCAAGUCCUGGGAUAUUUUGCCCAUUUUAAAAUGCACAUUUUAGUGUUGUUUGGAAGCAACCUGAGGCAUUAUGCUAAUCAUAACAUUCAAUGCCAUUAGUAAUGGAGCAGGCACAUAAUGAUAUGUAAUUUGAGAGUUGCACCUGGGGAUCAUGUUGUGUUUCCACUGACCAUCAAAGCCACAUGGUUGUUUAAAAGUGAUCAGGGAAAAUGGUCCAAUUCUAGGCAGAAUCCUGGACUUUCUGAAGUACAAGCAGUCAUGAACACUGCUUUGGUACAGAUAGCUGUAGAUUGUGGCUUAAAUACAGUGAUAGCUCUGUCUGGGUUGAUAAUUGCAUAUUAACUCUUGAGAAAACACCUAAUGUAGUUAGAAGGUUCUUGACUAAUUUCAUAAUGUCAAACUCCAAUGCAUCAGGAAGACUGCAAUUCCUCUAGGCUGGCAAUCUUGCAAUCUGAGGAAGAUAACCACAAUGUCUCCAUUAUAAUCUUCCUUAUAUUGUACAUUUCCUUACUUGGCUUGAAAUGCAUCAAAGUAUAUUAAUGAAAUUGUGGUACAAACAGCAAGGUGUUUUUGUUUAGGUACUAGAGUUGUGAUGAUUCAAAGUUAGUACUGAGAGUCUUUCCCCAUCCUGUCUUAUUAUCUUCUCAAAGUCCAUGGUAUCAUUAUGCCAAAAUGAGGGAUCUGACCCCAGGGCCAUUAUAUGGCACACGAUUUAUUAGGAAGAUUUUAGAGAUAUGCCUUUUAUGUAUUGCACAGCUGCAUUCAUGGCCUCCAAAAUACUUUUACCCCAAGUCUCCCAAAGAAAAUGUGAUAAAAGAGAUAAAUCAAAUAGGGCACACAAGUUGAAAAGAGAAUGGAAAGGUAAGCCAGAGUAAGUUGGCAACCUUUCCUUGAUUGUGCCUUUAUAUUUUUCAAGAUAUUUAAGGAAGGCUAUCAUUUAAAGCAAGUUUUGAAAGUGAAGCAGAAAGAAAUGCCUGUAUUUUGACGUUAAUAGAAUUCACAUGUUUAUCUAGGGCUCAACUAUCCCUUGAAGAUGGUGAGUAGAAUCCCCAGCAAAAUGUCUUCUUUCUUGAAAAAAAUCAGUUGUUUCAUUUCUCCUUUCCUUCCUCUCCCACCCAAGGUACUCAUUUACAUUCCCCAAUUUGUCUUAGUAACAGUUUAGUAUCUGCUGUACCACAGCCGAGAGCUUGUAAACAUGGUGGGAAGAAUCAGCAUCAUUAGUAGCAGAAUAUUUAUCUUCUUACUGCUUUUCUGGGCUUUGAAUAAAAUUUGAAUAUGAUGUACCAAGUGGAACAGUUCUAAUUCUCAAAAUACAUAAAUGGCUGAGGGCAAAUAUAUUGUUAGUGAAACUGUUGAUGUGCUAAUCACAUUCUUGAGUCUAUUCGUUAUUCUAAACCGACAUGCAUCUGUAUCAUUAGUGACUCCAUGAAAUAGUAACAGAUGAAAAACCUAUAUUUCCAAAACAGUGACAGUUUCUAUGUUUCUUGUUUUCUUUCUGUGUUGUUUAUACGUACAUAGGAAAUUGCCUUAUACUGAAUAGUACCAUGGGUUCUUCUUGUUCAUUAUUCUUCCUUGGAGGCUUUUAAACAAAGGCUGGAUGGCCAUCUGUCAGUGGUAAUUUAAUUGUGCUUUUCCUGUAAUGGCAGGGGGUCGAAUUAGAUAGCCCAUGUGUUCUCUUCCAACUCUAUUAUUCUAUGAUUAUAUGAUUCUUGAUCCUAAUUAGCUGAAAUUUCCCAGGGAUUCGGGUUGUAUGAGAUGCCAGGCAUGUCAAACUGGGACCAUCAUCAUGCAAAACAUGGGUCUACCAUUAAGCUACACCAACUCUUUUAGUUUAUAUAUAUUAUAGUUUCCUUAGUGACCGAUAAGACCAGUCUUUAAAUGAAAGGUAAUUCAAAUAUAAUUUAAUUCUUGACAAAUAAUGUAUCAUUGGAUUACGGAACAAUCACACUCAGGGGUUUGUUUACCAUCAGAGAGAAGGUUUCUAUGAGACAGUGGUUCUCAACCUGUGAGUCCCUAGAUGUUUUGGCCUUCAACUCCUAGAAAUCCUAACAGCUGGCAAACUGGCUGGGAUUUCUGGGAGUUGUAGGCCAAAACACCUAGGGAUCCAAAGGUUGAGAACCACUGCUCUGAGAGUCUGCAAACUAAUUAAUAUUAUCAUUUAUUGAAGUAUAGCUGCUUUCAUCUCCAGUCAUAAUAAUUCAGUUAAUAUGUUUGAUAGCUCGUGAAAUCAAGAGAGAGGGGGGGGAUGUCGUAUUUUCUUCUUCAUUCACUCAGUCGUUUCUGACGCUUAGUGACCUCAUAGACCAGUCCACGCCAGAGUUCCCUGUCGGACGUCGCCGCCCCCAGCUCCUUCAAGGUCAAGCCAGUCACUUCAAGGAUACCAUCCAUCCAUCUUGCCCUUGGUCGGCCUCUCUUCCUUUUUCCUUCCAUUUUCCCCAGCAUCAUGUUCUUUUCCAAACUUUCCUAUUUUCUCAUGAUGUGGCCAAAAUACUUCAUCUUUUCCUCUAAGAUGUUGUAUAGACAGGUGCAAAUCUACUUAGGACCUCAUCAGAUUGGCAGGGAGAAAGCAGAGGGAAUCAUCGUUCCCUGCUGUCUUUCCCUGUCUUCUGGGAUGGCCUCCCAUCCUAUGAUGUUUCCUAUCCUUUCCCGUCCUUUCACCACUUCCUCCCAGUGUUCGCCAAUUAAGACUCUGGUAACACCUGAGUCCUCCAAAGGCACUCUGGGCUCCAUUUCACCACACUGCCAAAACGAAGCCCUACUCUGUCCCAGUGGACAUUGCCCUGCAUCACGUGAUGAGCUCUGUGGGACUCCGUUUUGUCAACAUAGAGAAAUGGGGAGAAGAUGCAGAGAAUCCUGUAUCUGAUAAGGUCAUUAGAGACACUUAUACAUAAACAUAUCAUUUCAAUAAUAGUGUCCUGUUAGAUCACUGUUGUCGGAUGCAGUCAGCAAAAGUUUUGUUGUUGUUGUUGCUGUUAUUUUUUGCCUUACAGUCAUUUUCCAUUGUGGUGACCUUAGGAAACCUAUCACAGGGUUUUCUUGAUAAGAAUUGCUCAGAUGAGGCUUGCCAUUGCCUUCUACUGACCCUUAGAAAGUGCCAAGUGGGUUUCAUGAUUUGGUGGAGAUUUGAGCCCUGGUUUCCAGAGUUGCAACCUGAUAUUUAAACCAGCACACCACCAAAGAAAAUGGGUUAGUCUUAUCAACUGGAUUCUUUGUCAGUUUUGUUGUGCAUGACAAAUGUGAUAUCUACUCUAGUAACUAAUACACUCUUUCAGGAAGGUCCUCCAAUGAAUUAAGUCUUUGGCAGACAUCUAGGAAAAUAACAUCAUUGUUAGCCAUGCUGCUAAAUCUGUUGAUGAUUUUUCUUUAAUUUCAGCACCCUUAAAUACCUCAAUGGCAGCCAGUGAUUCUAGCAGAUAUAGUUUUGCCAGUUCAUUGCCUCUUCUAGUUGUGCUCAAUGUUCAUAAACCACAGAAAGCAUUGCUCUCUUAGUUGAGAACAUUUUCAUAUUGCCCCUUAUUGAGUGAAGAUGUCAAAUAUUUUAAGGCCUUUUGUCAGUGUUUUCCAAAUAUUCAGCAUGAUGCUGUAAUGAGUAGUCCCUGAAAAAUAUCCCUGCUUUUUAUUUUUCCAUUGUCAAGGUAUAAGGGAUUGGGAUUAUUUUCCUCAAGAAUGUGUGAAUAUAUGCAAAAGAUAGAGUUGCUCUUGCUUCAUGGCUCCCUGAGUACUGUUGAUCCUUUGUUUCCACAAGUCAGCAAAGACUGAAUGCAUUGAGGGCACUUUCCACUUCCAUUGUAAGAUGAUGAUGGUAACAAAGAAGUAUAAUUCUAUACAAGUAUGCACUAAAAGCUCCCAGACUGAAAAUGAAACAUCAUACUUAUAGACAUAUGUGGCAGCUGCUAUCCAACAAUGCAGUUAAGGCAAGGAUUGGGGGAAAUCCAACCCCAAAUAAGGAAAGAAGUCGUCCAGGAAUACCUGGCUGCUCUAAAUGUAUUCAAGUCUCCAGGGCCGGAUCAACUACACCCAAGAGUAUUGAAGGAACUAGCGGAAGUUAUUUCAGAUCCACUAGCAAUCAUUUUUGAGAGUUCUUGGAGAACUGGAGAAGUCCCAGAAGAUUGGAGGAGGGCAAAUGUGGCCCCUAUCUUCAAGAAGGGAAAAAAGGACGACCUAAACAAUUACCGUCUGGUUAGCCUCACGUCGAUACCAGGCAAAAUUCUGGAAAAGAUAAUUAAGGAAGUGGUCUGCAAACACUUAGAAACAAAUACGGUCAUUGCUAAUAGUCAACAUGGAUUUACCAAAAACAAAUCAUGCCAGACUAAUCUGAUCUCUUUUUUUGAUAAAGUUACAAGCUGGGUAGAUGCGGGAAAUGCUGUGGAUGUGUAGCGUACCUGGAUUUCAGUAAGGCCUUCGACAAGGUCCCCCAUGACCUUCUAGCAAAAAAGUUAGUCAAAUGUGGGCUAGGUAAAACUACAGUUAGGUGGAUCUGUAAUUGGUUAAGCGAACGAACCCAAAGGGUGCUCACCAAUGCGUCGUAUUCAUCAUGGAAAGAAGUGACAAGUGGAGUGCCGCAGGACUCCGUCCUGGGUCCGGUUCUGUUCAACAUCUUUAUUAACGACCUAGACGAAGGGUUAGAAGGCACGAUCAUCAAUUUUGCAGAUGACACCAAACUGGGAGGGAUAGCCAACACUCCAGAAGACAGGAGCAGAAUUCAAAAUGAUCUUAACAAAUUAGAGAGAUGGGCCGAAACUAACAAAAUGAAGUUCAACAGGGAUAAAUGCAAGAUACUUCACUUCGGCAGAAAAAAUGGAAUGCAAAGAUACAGAAUGGGGGACUCCAGGCUAGACAGCAGUACGUGUGAAAAAGAUCUUGGAGUCCUUGUGGACAACAAGGUAAACAUGAGCCUACAAUGUGAUGCGGCAGCUCAAAAAGCCAACGGGAUUCUGGCCUGCAUCAAUAGGGGUAUAGCGUCUAGAUCCAGGGAAGUCAUGCUCCCCCUCUAUUCUGCCUUGGUCAGACCACACCUGGAAUACUGUGUCCAAUUCUGGGCACCGCAAUUGAAGGGAGAUGUUGACAAGCUGGAAAGCAUCCAGAGGAGGGCAACUAAAAUGAUCAAGGGUCUGGAGAACAAACCCUAUGAGGAGUGGCUUAAAGAGCUGGGUAUGUUUAGCCUGCAGAAGAGAAGGCUGAGAGGAGACAUGAUAGCCAUAUACAAAUAUGUGAGGGGAAGUUAUAGGGAGGAGGGAGCAAGCUUGUUUUCUGCUGCCCUGCAGACUAGGACACGGAACAAUGGCUUCAAACUACAGGAAAGGAGAUUCCACCUGAACAUCAGGAAGAACUUCCUCACUGUGAGAGCUGUUCGACAGUGGAACUCUCUCCCCCCAACUGUGGUGGAGGCUCCUUCUUUGGAGGCUUUUAAGCAGAGGCUGGAUGGCCAUCUGUUGGGGGUGCUUUGAAUGCAAUUUCCUGCUUCUUGGCAGGGGGUUGUACUGGAUGGCCCAUGAGGUCUCUUCCAACUCUAUGAUUCUAUGAUUCUAUGAUUCUAGGUUCAUAAGAUCAGAGCAUUGGUAUUUUUAACUAGCAAGGAGAUGACAACAUCUGCUACUGUGUUGGACUUCUGUAUCCCACCUGAACUCCUCAAACUAUGUUGUGAAGGAGAUGGUCAAGUAAGUUUUACCCCAGAAAUAAUAUUUUGUUGCAUCCUACACCUAUUGUUAUGUGAAGUUUUUUGAGUGGUUUGGCCUUGAGUGGGUAAAUGAUCCCUUCAUUUUACAUAGGAUCUAGUUUUGGCAGAGGUAGGGGCAGCUAGAACUGCCUUCCUUUUGGGACCCAUCUAGGGGUUGUUGUUAUCAAAGUAGUCAUGAUGAGAUUGUGCAUCUCUAAAUUUACCACUUUUUAACAGCACAUUGAAUAUAGUUGUUAACCCAAACUAAGUAAGUAAACCCUUUGAAUCAAUGGGACGUUGAUAAGCCAUCAUUAUGGUAAGCUGCACUGACUUAACUCGUAUGCUAACAGUUAAAUUUAGGUGAUACUGUGCAUAGAGAGAUACAUUCCUAAGUGCACACAUCAGCAGGCAAUCCAUCAAUAAUUACUCAUCGAUCAUAUUCGUGGAAUAAGUGUGCAGGAUGUGUGCCUCUUUAAAAGUCGCUUCAGACCUUUCAUUUAGAUACUUUUAGGUGCCUUAAUUCAAGAGUCUGUGGCAUCACAUGUUACUAGCACACUGCCUCUUUCCCUUGCCCACGGCAAGGCAAGAGAGAUGCUCAAUUAAUUAGUCAUUUUUGCUCUAUCAGGACAAUGGCAGUGAUUAACCGCGAUGCCUGAAUUCCACUUCCAUUGGGAACACAGCUGUAUUACCAAGGCUCCACUCGACUGCAAAAGGGAUUUACUCAGCAAUAAUGCAUCUCUAUGUGCAUCUUGAUUUCUGAAUGAAACUUUGAAAUGGGAUUAUAUAAAUCAUGUAUACGUGUAUUCUCUGUACUGGAGAGCAAUUAAGCUUGAGGGAAGAUAUUAGCACAUACAAAGAUGGCAUAAAAUAAACAGCUGCUAAAAUCAAGGACAGCAAUAAGUACAAUUAUUUUUGAAAAUACCAUAUCACUUUUUGGUACAUAUUUUUCUAACUUUGAAACCACUGCUGGGUUAAAUGAGGUCAACAGCAAAUAUAAUUUUGUUUGCAUGUAAACUGAGAAAUUGCUUUCAAAAGGAAGUUGACCGUAAGUGUAAGUUAAAAUGAAUUUAAUUCACAGUAGAUCCGUCUGAGCUAAAAACAGAAGUACAGUAGAGUCUCACUUAUCCAAGCUAAAUGGGCCGGCAGAAGCUUGGAUAAGCGAAUAUCUUGGAUAAUAAGGAGGGAUUAAGGAAAAGCCUAUUAAACAUCAAAUUAGGUUAUGAUUUUACAAAUUAAGCACCAAAACAUCAUGUUUUACAACAAAUUUGACAGAAAAAGCAGUUCAAUACACAGUAAUGUUAUGUUGUAAUUACUGUAUUUACAAAUUUAGCACCAAAAUAUCACAAUAUAUUGAAAACAUUGACUACAAAAAUGGCUUGGAUAAUCCAGAAACUUGGAUAAGUGAGGCUUGGAUAAGUGAGACUCUACUGUAUAUUUUGUGACUAAGAAAAAUACUUGUCUGGGUUUUGUUCAAAUAGUGUGAAAGACUGCAAAAAUAUUAGGCUUUCAUUUUACAAUAAAACAUGUGCAGUGAGAGGUAGAUGUGCUGACUAGCAAGAAGGCUACAAGUUUCCCAUUUAAUGAAAGCAAUGCUCAUUAUCAUUAAUCAGAUUUAAUUUAGAGAUUUUCUCAAAUCUAAAGCCAAGACUUCACAGAUAUUUUAAUCAUCUUUGUAUGAGCACUUCUUCCAAUUAAAAAUGAAGAAGAAUGUCCUGCUGGUAAGAGCUCCUUUGGAUUCCAUACUGGGAAUAUUGGGAUAUAAAUUAAUUAAAUAAGGUGUUUAACAAUGUGAUAGAUUCCUUUAGAAGGUGGUGAACUCUUCUUUGAUACAAAUUUUCAAAUAGAAAUUAGAUGAAUGCCUUACAAGCAAACUUUAGUGAUAGAUUCCAGCACUGGCAGAGUUUCAGAAUAGAUGACCUGGAGUCUCAUCCACCCCUAUGAUUAUAUAACCUUUUGAAAAUGCCUUUAUCACUAGGGUGAUACAGAGUCCAAAUGACAGUGUAGUGGCUUUUAAGAUGGCCAUGAAAGAGUAUGAGCUCUUUGAAGAGACACAAAUAGAAGGCAAAAGGGAGAAAUGUGCCAAGUGGAAAGUGCAUCUAACAAAUCCUUGUCGUGAUGUAAAUCUAGAAAUGAUGUCCUAAUUGCAAAAGACCAUGCAGAUCUAGAAUAGGUCUCCAUAGUCAGACAUAUCCACCACCAAAACCCUUGAAAUACAACCAUCCUUGGCCAUGAGUGAUUGCCUAUAGGUAGAUUAGAGGCCAUCUACAAUCCCUCUGGCAAUUGCUUUAUACUUUGGAGGUUCCGGGAUUCAAUUUCUGGCAUUUGCAAUUAGAAAAAGGAAGCAGCAAGUACUGGAAAAAAUUUUUGCCUAAGAGCCUCAAUAGCCACAGUUAGUCAGAGCAUCCAGUGCUUGGCUAGGUGGAGAAAUAGUCUGAGUUGGCAUGAAGACCCUGUGGCAGUCCUUCUAUUUCCAUACACAAAGCAGGGAGCUAUGCACAGAAAUGUGAUAUCAUCUUGAGAAAACUGUAAUGCCUGCAAAGCUGCCAGAAUCAAUUGUUUGGGAGCUACGUUCAUUGCUGUUUCAUAGCUCUUGCUCCUUUUUUUUUAGUCAUCUACUCAAAGCUGAGCACUUCAGACAGUCAUUGACUUAAACUAGUAACUGGAAUGAAACAUACAUUAAUAUAACUGUAUGUACUCACAGUCAACUUGUGUUAGCAUGCUCUUUUCUCUAUUAUAUUUCUCCACUUGUAUUUGUUUCUACAGUCUUCAGCACAGAUACUUUAUUUUUGUAAAUGACCACAAUCUGUAUUCUGUUCCCAAUUGCCAAACACUCUAAAUUGCCAUUAUAGUGCUGGUGAUGCUUUAAUCACUAGUAGUGGUUGAUGUUAUUGAUAAUUUAAAUAUUAAAUUGCAGGUGGAAGACUUGCUCAUUCUUCACCUUCUUUACUUAUAAAACAUUUAUUUUUGGAGUGCAUUCCUUAUAGCAUGUCUUGAAUAUAAUGAUUUGAAGAACAUUGAGCUCCUCAAGUGUUUUACAGCCUGUCAUAUCAUUAGUGUGCCUGCAGAUCCAUUCAAUAAGAACUGUGAACUACCCAGAAGUGGUUAAAACACAUAUUGUCAUAAUUUUACCAUGAUGUCAGAAAUAAACAUGAACAUCUGGACUACUUUGCAGUGAAUAGCGCAGAUGUAAAGACGUCAAUACUGUAUUUUAACUCUUUUCACUGCCAAUCUUUUAGCUCCAAAUAAAUGCAGAGCAUUUGACAUGAAUAAAAGCAGAGUGAGCCUUCGGAACUUUUAGCACCACCAUGAAAAAAGCGAUACAGAAUGGGAUAAUGUGAUAGGAACUAAAUAGGGUGCUUAAAUAGCACUAUAGAUUUAUAUCCAUUCAAAUGCAGUCAUCUGACUGCCAUUUACUCUGAUUGUUAUUAUCCUGAAUUUUGGUGGUUUAUGCUCAAGACGCUCUUUAAAUUCUGUUAAUGGAUUGAUUUAGAGCAGGAGGAAGUUGCAUAAAAUAAGUGGCUGGGUACCCAAGGAUAAGUUUCAACUUAAUGGAGAACCUUGUUCCUGCAUCCAAAAGCCAAUACCUGCAAUUUCAAGACAGAAUUACAUUGUCAUUCUUCUGUAUAUCAUUGCAAAGACUCACCUUAUUUUACUCUAUAACUCAAUAGCUUUUUCUACAGUGGAAACUUCACAACUUGCCCCAAGCCCAACAAUUUCUGUGUUUCUCAAUCUGACAACAGAAGAGAAGACUUAUUAAUGCCAUCGUCCAGAGGUAGAUAAAUUGUGAUCCACAAAGUGUUCCUGGCUUGCUGUUCCCACCAGUCCUCCAACCAAGCUAAUAAUGAAGGUUAAUACAAAUUACAAACCAAUGUAUGUGGGAAGUUAGAACAUGACCACCAGUGAUCUCAUGAGACAGCAUGCAUGGAAAGUCACAUGUUGGACAGACACAGAUUAAGGCAACAAUGUGUAAUAAAUCUAUGUAUCUGUUAGUAUCAGAGUCUCCUUUUUCCAGUUUUUUCAAAUGUUAUCACUCCUCCACCCCCUUUCCUGGCUUGAGUCCAAUGCUACCUGAGCUUUAAAGACUUUUUUCAAAUAGCUUACCUCAAAGUGAAAAGCAUUGUUUUUGUUUUUUUCACGUAAUACAUGCGUUUUCACAUGUUUAUGUGUGAAUGUAUAUAUGUUAGGAGAAUAUGAAUACUAUUUCCCCUAAUAUACACAUUUUUAAAGAAAAAUACAAAAUUCCAUUGCACAAUCCUGCAGGUUGCUAAAAAUGGUGUACAAAUACAAAAUUAAAUGUGUUUACAUUACUUAUGAAUGGAACAAAAUUUGCCCACUACACAUUAUUAUUUGAUUCAUUAGCUCAUUACCACCUCAUCACAAAGGGUUAAAAUCGGCGGCAUGCGCCAAUUUUAGCCCAGGUCACCCAUGAAGCCAGCCAGCUCCCAUCACAUGAUCCCUCACCAUCUCCAUGGAUGAAGGAGGGUGGAGCCAGUGCAUGCCGCCAGCAGGACAACACAGGAGAGCUUCCGUGUUGCCAUACAAUCUAUGUGGGGAAGCAUGCACCAUACACACUCACGUUUCCCCCAUCUCAUUGCCCUCACUUGUAUCCAGGUGAUUCCCCAUGCCCCUCUACGAACUGGAGCGAUGCUGUCUGCCGUCUGACAAGGUUGUUAGCUGUUAUGAUGCUAUCUGUUUAGAUAUGCUGCUGCUCAGUUGUUUAGUCAUCUCCGACUCUUUGUGACCUCAUGGACCAGUCCACGCCAGAGCUCCCUGUCAGCCGUCACCGCCCCCAGUUCCUUCAAGGUCAAGCCAGUCACUUUAAGGAUACCACCCAUCCAUCUUGCCCUUGGUCGGCCUCUCUUCCUUUUUCCUUCCAUUUUCCCCAGCAUCGUGAUCUUUUCCAUGCUUUUCUGUCUCCUCAUGAUGUGGCCAAAAUACUUCAGCUUUGCCUCUAAUAUCCUUCCCUCCAGUGAGCAGUUGGGCAUUAUUUUCUGGAGGAUGGACUGGUUGGAUCUUCUUGCGGUCCAAGGCGCUCUCAGGAUUUUCCUCCAGCAUCAGAGUUCAAAAGCAUCCUUCUGCCUUUUCUGAACCCAGCUUGGACAUCUGGCAACUCUUGCUCCAUGUAUUGCUGGAGUCUGCCUUGCAGGAUCUUGAGCAUUACCUUACUGGCAUGGGAAAUAAGUGCCACUGUACAGAAGUUUGAGCAUUCUUUAGCGUUUCCCUUUAUUGGUAUGGGGAUAUAAAUUGUUUUUUCCAAUCUGAUGGCCAAUCUUGUGUUUUCCAUAUUUGCUGGCAUAUGGCAUGCAUCACCUUCCAAGAUUUUAAACAGCUCAGCUGGAAUUCCGUCAUCUCCUGCUGCCUCGUUGUCAGCAAUGUUUCUUAAGGCCCAUUCAACCUCACUCCUCAGAUGUCUGAUUCUAAAUCACUCCCCACACUGUCAAAGCUAUCUUCUACAUUAUUAUCCUUCCUAUACAGAUCUUCUGUAUAUUCUCACUACCUUUUCUUGAUCUCUUCAGCUUCUGUUAGAUCCCUGCCAUCUUUGUUUUUGAUCAUGCCCAUUUUUGCCUGAAAUUUGCCUCCGAUGUUUCUGAUUUUCUGGAAGAGGUCUCUUGUCCUUCCUAUUCUGUUGUCUUCUUCCACUUCCAUGCAUUGCUUGUUCAAAAAUAGUUCCUUGUCUCUUCUGGCUAGCCUCUGGAAUUGUGCAUUUAAUUGGGCAUAUCUCCCCCUAUUGCUGUUUUCUUUCGCCUUCCUUCUUUCUUGGGCUACUUCCAGUGUCUCAACAAACAACCAUCUUGCCUUCUUGGUUUUCUUUUUCUUUGGGACGUACUUUAUUGCUGUUUAGAUAUGCUCUCCAGUAAACUCUGGGACCUUCUAAAAACAAGUGAUUUCAUCUUAGAUCAUGUAGCAUUGAAAUUGCACCCACAUGGCAAAACCAUUCCUUUGGAGAUUUAUGAAGCCCUUAUAAAUGACACCAAAUAAUGAAUUUAUCUAUCCAAAGAUUGUAUAUUAUCUUGUAGAGUCAUUAUCACAAUUAAUAGUUAAUUUUCCCCAUAUGACAGACUUUAGUAAUCAUGUUUGUUAUAAGUUAUAUCCUCCUACUGCACUUUUUCAUUCACCAUGUCAUUGUGCAACUAUAUCCGUACCUAGGUCUCUUGUACUUAGUGUACAAUUCCACCAGGUGCUAAUGCCAAGGAGACUCCUCAAUUGUAAUCUCAGCAUUUUUUUAGACAUCAAAAGAGAUGGUUUUCCUUUCUCUCUUUAUAUAAAGUAAGAUGGACCACAAUCCUUUUCCUCUUCCUUCUCAUUAUUUCACUUCUUAAAAGCUGCAACAAACAGUGCAUUAUUUAUUAGGAACUCUUUGGUUCAUCUGCUCUUUCAUAAGUCAUAACAGUCACUGAAAUCUGUAAAACCUUGCAAACGGUUCAGACUUGAACAGUGUGUCAGAUAGCUAUGCACACUUAUUAAAGCUACAGAAUCCUUUUAGUUUACUGUGAAGAAGCUAUGGGAAUAAUUGGUGUAAUGAGCAGAUGUGAAUCAAAAACAGAGUUUCCUAGUGUGCAAUAGUGCACAAAAAUCAGAAUAUUUGAAAAACAUAGUAUUACAGAAUCUUUUAAUCUGAAACUUAUAUUUCUCUGAAACAAACACACAUAGGUUUUAUUUAAGAAUGCUUGGUCUCUGUUUUUUUGACACUGCAACAAGUCUGGAUGGCUGGAAUUAGAGCCUGUGGGCACAUUUCAGCGUGUGCUUUAUACUAAUCCAUUAUCAUUACAGGCGAAGACUCAGAUUUGAUAGUCAUUUACUGAAGAGAAGAGGGCAUUCUUUACAAUAGAUAUGAUUUGUUAAUAAUCUCCAUUGUUCCCAUCUCUCUGUUCUUUUUAUCAAGGGACUUUGAAAUUUCUUGGAAUAGGGGAAAUAUUUCUGGUAUAUAGUUAUUUCUUCUUUGAAGCUGACAUUUUAUCCAAACCCAAUCCCUUUGUUGUAACUACCAAGGCUAAUCUUCAGAAAUUAUUUAUCUGUCUACUUGCCUUUCCAGAUGUAGUGAUGAGACUAUCUUAAGUGAAAGCAAAUUUUAAUACAUACAGUAUCAGAAUAGCAGUAGGGCCAGAUGAAUGUAAGAAUCUUGAAUCAUAAACAGGUGAUAUGAAAGUGAGUAGCCUGCCACACAAUUUCAUAUUGUGUUGGAUCAAUAAAGAAAAUGUUUCUUGACAUUAAAAAAAUCAUUUAAGUUGAACAAGGGAAAGACAGGCAUGACAAGUGCUGAACAAAUAAACUACUCUGUUCUAGUGCUGUUCAACUAUCAUUGAGAUGAUUGGUAACAGAUACCACAAUGAUAUAGAGCAUAUACUAGGUAUUAAAACCAAAAACAUGAAAAUGUUCAAUGCUAUGAUGCAUAGGUAGAAGCAGUGUUAAAAGGGUGUUUUCCUUUCAUUCUGUGUAUUGAAAAUCCAUGUGCCAUCCAUUCUGAAUGUUGACUUCAGUGUCAGUUGAGUCUUAUUUCUACACUGGUGGUAGAGCAAUGACUUUUAUCACACUAGUGAGUAUAGAACAGAUUGUUUGGCAUACCUAUCUUUAACUUUGGUAUUGAUCCUAGGAAUUCCUUGUUGUUGCUCCUGACAUUUGCCAUUUGAUAAACUCUGCUUUGGAGCAGGGUGAGGUAGUGAUUUGAGCAUUGCACUAUGAUUCUGGAAAACAUGAUUCAAAUUGUGUUGUCUAAGGCUUUCAUGACCGGAAACACAGGGUUGUUGUGCGUUUUCUGGGCUGUAUGGCCAUGUUCCAGAAGUAUUCAAAUCCCCACUCAGCUAUGAAAACCCACCUUGGGCAAGUCACAAACCUUUUUCCUCAGAAAACCUAUGAUAGAUUCGCCUCAGGAUCACUAUGGACCUUAUCCUACGCCCCUCUCCCAUUUUGAAACAGUACUGAUCCAUUGAGGGUGCAAUUUGUGAUGGAGCUCUUCCCGCGAUGCUAAGGAACUUCCUGUCAGCUCCAUCAUGAUUCAUCAGUUAAAUGUCAGAAACAGUCAUAAAAAGGGAGGGGGCGAAGACAGUCUGAGUACAAAAAGUACAAAAACACGUGUGAUAAGAACUGUCAGACAAGCCUACACUGAAUCAAAGCUAUGAUGUGGGCAAAUGGGCUGUCCUGUGGGCGGUCACCUAACCAGCAGUGAGUCUGCCAUAAUGCAGCAGCUCAAUCCUUUUUAGUAAUUUAAAAAACUAAGAAAUAUCGCUACUUUAGUAGUUCGCUAUUUUUAUUUGCCUUUUUAAUGCAAAUCUCGAUACUGUGAGAGUUCGAUCCCUCACGAUGUUGAAGUAAGACCCAAUUUUUUUCAAGAGAGAGGGUGGAGAAUCCACUCGCUCAUGGGAUAAGGAUGAAAAUGCUUGGUAAUGGAGAAACUGCAAAAUUCAGAUGGCAUGUGGUAAGUAAUGUAUAACAGGACAUAGUGGUUAGCAAUGCUACAGGACUAAAUACCACAAUUACAUGAUGCUACCCCCUCCCCUCCCCACAUGGGAUAAGGUCAUAUAAGUCAGAAAAAACAUGAAGAUGUACUACUUCUACAACAAGGGCCAGUCUUAGAUGGUAAAGUUUGAUAGGUUGGUAUGAGAAAGAGAGGAGGGGAUUUAUCUUCACAUCACAAAAGUACAUCGUUGUCUACUGCCAUGUCAAAAUAAUUACCAUAUUUACUUACAUCUAAUGCUCAUCUUUUUUGGCUAAAUUACAUUGCCAAAAUUGAGGUGUGCAUUAGAUUUGAUGGUGUGUUUGAAUGGUGCAUAAUGCACCUGUAAGAAAAGGUCCAGAAGAACUCGGAAUCCCAGAGGCUGGACAGAGAUGCAGAAGGGGCAUGAGGAGGUUGUUCCCAAUGCUGGUGGCAGCCUUGGGGCUCGAUUUAGAAGGCCUUGUGAGUUAAACAAGUUGGGAAUUAUGCACAGCCUUGACCAGAUGAAGGGGCAUGACUUUCCAAAUUGCCUCAUUCAUGCUGCCUGCCUCCUUGACAUGAUAACUCCUGCACCAUUGAGUUACAUUUAAGAGCAAAACCAUUCAAAAUUGAGGUGUACAUUACAUUUGAUGGCAGAUUAUACUUGAAUAAAUACGGUAAGUUGUGCAGUCAUUAGGAUCAUACAUCAAGGGACUGUGAAAGGUAUGUUUCCAGAAACUCUGAAUGAAAAGUACUUUUGGUUAUGAGUAUGCUGUUGUGCUUUGAAAUGCAUUGCUAGACAGCCCUUUCACAACUUGAUCCUAUUUCUUCCUGAAGAAUACAAGAUACUUUACAAUCCUGGUGACUUUUACUGACAGAAUACCCGUCUCCCUUGUCAUUUUAGAGAUAAACAAUAGAGGCUAAAUGAUAGUGACUUGUUCCUUUCGGUUGAUACCUAUGCCUCCUUACUUGCUUCUUUUUAAACUAUUUCCUUAAUUAAGUUCCACAAGAGCUUUUCUUUCCCACUGUUUUCAUCCAAUUCCAUAUUUCAGGCCAUGCAUAUUAUUUCUUCCUCUUAUUGUCAGCCGCCUUAUUGUGAAGCCAAAUUAGAGACUCCACUUGUGAAUUUAACUUGUAGACAGAUCACAUGCGCCAUUUCCAUGGUAACUGCCUGAUUUAUGUUUGUAUUUAAUUAGAGUUGUCCAUUACCUCUCCAAAUAGAAUUUAAUUUGAAUACAUGUGCCUGUCACUUUUUAAAGGAUUCAUUAUGUUUAAUCUGAAAGUUGAAUGACUAGAUUUCCAGGAGGCUGCAUAUUAUAAACAGAGUUCAUUUAACUCUUUCAGAUGGAAUCAGAAGUUAUUCCUCUACCCUUCUCCUCUUUCCCUGUCCUUGUAGAAAAUUAGCACAUCAUUUCCCAUGGUAUAGUACCAUGCACAUGAGCUAUGAUGCUGCUCAAACCUAAAGUGGGGGUGUCAAACUACAUUGAGUCUACAAGUUACACUCACUCAGGGUAGAUACAUCUUGAGCAAGUGUAACUUGCCUGAGAUUAUCCAGUGGGUACCCACGGCUGAGCAGGGUUUUGAACCCGAGUCUCCAGAGUCAUAAUUGAAUGCUGAAAUCACUACACCUUACUGUUUGUCUUUGCAAUUAAUUACUGUCUAUUAAAUCAGAGGCAAACAUAAUUUAGAUAAAUAUUAUGGUAGCUUUCAACAACCAUACAACCUCCAAAUUUAUUAAAUUAUCACUUGCUAUAAUCCCAAUGACUAUGGUGUCUAGGCUACUAGGGUUUGUGACCAACACAACAGGAGGAAACCUGGUUGUACUAAGAGAUAGCAUUUGUUUAAAAGGUGCAGUGGACACAGACCCUUGAGAGGCUUUUAAAAUACAGUAGAGUCUCAGUUAUGUAUUAUCCAACGCAGUCUGCCUUUUAGUAGUCAAUGUUUUCAAUACAUUGCAAUGUUUUGGUACUAAAUUCGUAAAUACAGUAAUUACUACAUAACAUUACCGUGUAUUGAACUGCUUUUUCUGUCGACUUGUUGUAAAACAUGAUGUUUUGGUGCUUAAUUUGUAAAAUCGUAAUGUAAUUUGACGUUUAAUAGGCUUUUCCUUAAUCCCUCCUUAUUAUCCAACAUUUUCGCUUCUCCAACAUUCUGCCAGCCCAUUUAUGUUGGAUAAGCAAGACUCUACUGUAUGUAUUUAAAGCAGGAAUGUGAAAACCUAUACUCGAGGAUUGGAUAAAGGUCUCUUAAAGUCCCUAUCCAGCCCUUUGGAUUUCCGCAGAAGAAAUCCAUGCUCUCAUGCCAACACUUCCUUCUCAUAACACCAUCAUAUGGUAGGGGUUGUUUUUUUUAAAAGAAAUAAUUCUAUAUGCCCCCUGAUCCAUUUAAACAUGUUUCUGUGACUUUGUUAAAGUGUAUUUACUGAUUUUAAGAGCUUUAAGCGCGAAAAAACGUAAUAUUUUUGGCCCAUCUUUUUGGGUUUUUUCAGUUCUAUGAACCACUGGAAUAUGAAGCCCCUGAAAACCUCUGUGAAACUGAACCUGGAAUGAAAGUGAUUCUGUUUCUCUAGCCCGAUAGCAGGAUGUAUGAGCAACAAAGAGGCUUAAAAGAAGAUAAAACAAAAGGAAGACGGUGGUGACCUCCUCAAGACGGGGAUCAGUUUUCCGGGGACACCAGAGGAAGAGCUAGAUUUUGUUGUAUUCUAUGGAAUCCAAUUUUUCAAAUAAAAAUGGAGUUUGGGGGCCUCCUCUUUGAAAAGAUCAGCUGUACUCAUGGUCUCCUACUCAGCAGCACUUCGAUGAAGAAGGCUACUCUCCUGUUUCAAGGAACAUGAAAGGAUUAUCUGGCAGUCGCAAUCAAUCACAGCUAUGUUCUGCUCAUACUUGUGGUUUAGCAUCCCCUGAAGAUUGUGAACACACCCACGAUCAUAUUCAUCAUGGCCAGGAGUCAAGGCAAUCAUAUCUUCUCAGUCCAACGGAGAGCUGCCCGAUGGACCACCAUCGCUGCUCGCCGCGAAGCUCCAUCCAUUCAGAAUGCAUGAUGAUGCCCAUGGUUAUGGGCGAUCAUAUGUCCAGUAGCACCUUCCCCAGAAUGCACUACACCUCUCAUUACGAUACUCGGGACGAUUGCACCAUGUCUCAUGCUAACCCUAAGGUCAACCGGAUUCCUGCAAACCUGUUGGAUCAGUUUGAGAAACAGCUUCCUCUCCACAGAGAUGGUUUUCAUACUUUACAGUACCAGAGGACUUCAACAGCUGCUGAGCAACGCAGUGAAAGCCCAGGAAGAAUACGUCACCUUGUUCAUUCAGUCCAAAAACUUUUCACAAAAUCUCAUUCUUUGGAAGGCUCUUCCAAGAGCAAUGUCAACGGGACAAAGGGAGAUGGCCGAGGGGAUGACCAUCAUCAUGGACAUCAUUCUAAACAUGGCAAAAGAAGUAAAAGCAAAGAGCGGAAACCUGAGACGAAGCAUAAAACCGGAAUGAGCAGUUGGUGGAGCUCGGAUGAUAAUUUGGACAGCGAUAGCACCUACCGAACACCAAGUGUUGUCAACAGGCAUCACGUGGAUCAUAUUUCUCAUUGCUACCCUGAAGCUCUUCAGGGACACUUUGGGGACCUCUCAUUAAAGACUUCAAAGAGUAACAAUGAUGUGAAAUGUUCAGCUUGUGAAGGGCUUGCCAUGGCCCCUGAUGGCAAAUAUAUGAAAAGGAGCUCUUGGUCUACGCUUACAGUAAGCCAGGCUAAAGAAGCUUAUCGCAAGUCAUCCCUUAACCUAGAUAAGCCUCUAGUUCAUCAGGAAAUCAAACCUUCCCUGAGGCCAUGCCAUUACCUUCAGGUGCCUCAAGAUGAAUGGGGCGGGUAUCCUGCUGGUGGAAAAGAUGAGGAGAUUCCCUGUCGAAGGAUGAGAAGCGGAAGUUACAUUAAAGCCAUGGGAGAUGAGGAAAGCGGAGAUUCCGACACUAGCCCCAAAACAUCACCAAAGGUAGCAGUUCAUCCAGAAUCCUUGUUGAAAUCUAUUGGACAAAGAGCUCUUGGAGACCACCAAAAUCAGAGCUACCUGCAAGCUGCAAGUGAUGUCCCUGGUGGUCACAGUUUGGAUCCAGCGGCAAACUAUAAUUCCCCCAAGUUCCGCUCAAGGAACCAGAGCUAUAUGAGAGCAGUGAGCACCCUCAGUCAGGCCAGCUGCAUUAGCCAGAUGAGUGAAGCAGAGGUCAAUGGGCAAUUUGAAUCUGUUUGUGAAUCAGUGUUUAGUGAAGUUGAAGCUCAGGCAAUGGAUGCCCUCGACUUGCCAGGUUGUUUCCGAACCAGAAGCCACAGUUACUUGCGCGCCAUUCAGGCGGGUUACUCUCAAGAUGAUGAAUGUAUCCCUGCAAUGGCAUCUUCCAAUAUCACCUCAACAAUCAGGUCAACCACAGCUGUGACUUACACAAGUUACAAAAAAACACCGCCGCCUGUACCCCCUCGCACCACCUCUAAGCCACUAAUCUCAAUUACAGCACAGAGCAGCACAGAAUCCACCCAGGAUGCCUAUCAUGAUAGUCGGACUCAGAGGAUUUCCCCCUGGCCGCAAGACAGUCGAGGGAUGUAUAACUCCACAGACAGCCUGGAUAGUAACAAGGCCAUGAACCUGGCCUUGGAAACGGCAGCUGCACAACGCCACAUGUCGGAGAACCAAAGCACUUCGGUCCGAACCAGUGACAAGGCCAUCCUCGUGACAAAAGCGGAGGAGUUCCGUAAGAGCCGGCGUUCAUCUAUAGGGAUUCAGGUGGAAACAGCAACUGAUUCAGAUACUGAAAGCAAAGGCCUACGGGAAUACCAUUCAGUUGGAGUGCAAGUGGAAAAUGAUAAACGACAUGGCCGGUUUAAGCGUUCAAAUAGUGUAACAGCAGCAGUUCAAGCUGACCUGGAACUCGAAGGCUUUCCAGGACAUAUAACAAUGGAGGACAAGGGACUUCAGUUUGGUGGCUCUUUCCAGCGGCACUCAGAACCAAGCACCCCUACCCAAUAUGGUGCAGUAAGGACUGUACGGACACAGGGGCUAUUUAGUUACAGAGAAGAUUAUAGGACCCAAGUAGACACCUCUAAUCUCCCUCCACCUGAGCCCUGGUUGGAACCAGCUAUCGAAACAGUGGAAACAGGACGGAUGUCUCCCUGCCGACGGGAUGGGUCGUGGUUUAUGAAGUUGCUACAUACUGAAACAAAAAGGAUGGAAGGGUGGUGUAAAGAGAUGGAAAGAGAAGCAGAAGAGAAUGAUCUAUCUGAAGAAAUUCUAGGUAAGAUCCGGAGUGCCGUAGGAAGUGCUCAACUGCUUAUGUCUCAAAAAUUCCAGCAAUUCUAUUGGCUAUGUCAACAGAAUCUGGAUCCCAGUGCUAUGCCGCGGCCAACUUCGCAGGAUCUAGCAGGAUUCUGGGACUUGUUACAGCUUUCAAUUGAAGAUGUCAGUAUAAAGUUUGAUGAACUACACCAGUUGAAGCUGAAUGAAUGGAAAAUAAUAGAAUCACCUGAAAGGAAGGAAGAAAGAAAGGUUCCUCCACCUGUACCAAAGAAGCCCCCAAAAGGAAAAUUCCCUAUUACGCGAGAGAAGUCUCUAGACCUGCCUGACCGACAGCGUCAAGAAGCUCGGCGACGGCUAAUGGCCGCUAAACGGGCCGCCUCUUUUCGGCAAAAUUCAGCCACGGAACGGGCAGACAGCAUUGAGAUCUAUAUCCCAGAGGCCCAAACCAGGCUUUAAAGACCAGAAUGCUGCAUACAUUCUUCAUCUUUUUUUAAACAAAACAAACAAACCUUAAGAAAGCAAAAGCAAAAUGCUUGUACAGUUUGUCUCCUCCUUGCUGGUUUUGUCACCUACAUACACACAUAUUGCCCUCCCCACUGCCACCGAAUGGCCCUUGAUGUUGUGUCCUUUGUGCCACAUGCACAGCGGAAUGCUUUCUGAUUCCCUCAGAGUCCGCUGAGCCCAUCACAAGAACAACUGUUCUGUUCUCUUUCUCUCUCUAUUUCUCUUUGCUUUUGUUUCUUUUUUCCUUUUAUAUUUAUGAUUAGACUAAACAAUCAGCUCCAGUGGAUAGGGCUUGUUGAGACCUUACUUAUCCAAGAUGUUCUCAGAGGACAACAAGAAACACCUCCUGAGAUGGAACCCAGCUUACUUUUUUGUUAUUUAUAUUUUUAUAAAAUGAUGUGAUAUCUAGGGAUAAGAAUUACAAACCUUUCAAAUGGGUGUGUCUUACCACUCACCAGAGGCAUUAGCUAACCCAAGUAGAAGGUGCUACAAAUGUCAAGUGCAAGAAAGAAAGAAAGAAAGAAAGAAAGAAAGAAAGAAAGAAAGAAAGAACCCAUUUCUCUUCCCGCCUUCUCUUUCACUUUGUCAUCCCUCUUUCCCUACUGUCUCUAUCUUCCAGGACCCAACUUUCCUUGCCUUGUUCUGAGCUAAAGGUUCUGCCCAUGUGCUCUGCCAUACCACCCACCUUUGUUACGGCAAAAUAACACUCAGCCUAUCAUCAUGUCGAAUUGAGGUUUUGGAGAUGAACAGGGAUAUCCAGCCAUUAAACUCCAAAAUUCAUCAGGAACAAGCAAACAAAAAAGCAAGGAAACCUUUUCAUACUAGGAGAGUCCAGCCUGGCGAGAGAAAAGAUGGUACAGACAAGCAUCUAGAUGCCUAACGGACUGAAUUGAGUGCAAAUAGGGGAAAGGAGGAAGCCUUAAGAAUUUAGAUCUUCUGUAGCAAGAUAUGAAAAGCUCUAUCUGCUCCUUUGGAACAUUCAUUACAUUUUAAACAGUUGUUAUUUUUAUGUUGUGGCUAUUUCGUUUACAGGCACUUUUCUUUGGUUCCAUUUCAAAAGCGAUGCUACAUGUGAUAUUUGAAGUUUCAAAAUGCUAUUUCAAUUGAGUUUCCAGGGUAUCCUUUAAACCAAAACACACAAAAAAACCUUUUGCUUGUUUAAAUUACCAGUUUGUGACAUUGUAAACAAUUUAAGAAAUAUGAAUGUGAGUGGUAAGUAUAUCUCAGUUUAAAUGGUAAUCUUAAGGUAAAAAAAGGUGAACUGUAGUUUACAUUUGUAUUUCUUUUUCUCCAGAAUACUUUUUUUAGUUUCCUAUGCAGUAUUACUUUAACAGAGAAAGAAAAACCUCUUGAUUGUUUCAGAUUUAAAAGAUGAUUUCAAAGGGUGGGUGGCUUCUAACAGCCAAAUGCAAGGGAAGUAAUUUGUUUCUAAGCAUCCGACGUAUACCAAGGCGAAAACUAGAAAUAAUAGGGAUUAGUAUUAUUGUUCUAAUACAUCUACUUUCUCAAAGAUACAAUCCCAGUUGUUGUUACUACUUUAAAAAGGGGGAAAGUCUUGAAGUGAGGACACAAGAAGCGUUAUCCCACAAAAAUUGAAAUCACGAUUUUGCAAAAAUAUCAAAACUUAAAUCCAUGAGAAAAUAAUAUUCUUUUAUCACUCUUAUUUGAAUGAUAUGUAGUUGGCCAUAGGCUACUUAAACACUACUAGAGCACUUUGGUUUUUCACCUUGAUGAGCACUUUAAGUAUGUACUUUGCAACAAGCCCUUCAGCCUGUCAUGUGAUUGAAAAUGCGAGGUGUUAAAGGAGCGUUAGCAGGUCUGAUGUUGGGUUUUCCCAUCUCCUCUCCUCCCCAAAACCCCUUUCCUCCAGUGUAUUUUGUUAAGCAUGCAUUCUGUUUUAGGGCAAAGCUGAUAUAAGCAUGUUUAGCUUCAAGAUAUGACUCUUUAGAACUGAAUGUUUGAGAAAGGUGGGAACACUGUAAAUUGAGCCUGAUCUCUUAUGUAGAUUUUACCAAAUAGCCUUAAACUGCAUUUGGAAGCAAAAAAACAAAACAAAACCAAGAGGAAUGUAUAUCAUUAAAAAUGCAAAAAAGAAAAAAAGAAAAAAAGACUGUAACGACGAUGAUGCGGAUGAUACUCCUUAACGAUUGUUCUGUAUCAAUUAGGAUAUUCUCUCCCCCAGAGUGUUCAAAGAAUUCCUGUACCUGGAAAGCGUGGAUUCCUGGGUUGUGUACAAUGCUGCUUAUUGCUCUGUUUUAAAUGCAAGAAUAUUUGCAGGUAUAAGCGAUUUUUAAGGAUGGGUGUUUGUUUGUUUGUUUCAAAUGGAGCUGCUAAUUAGAAGUAAUCACAUGAAAGUAAAGUUAUACAGUAUGCAUUUCCUAGAGAGAGCAAAUCUGAAAUAUAGAUUUCUGUCGUUCCUCUCUUCCCGCCACAUCCCAAUUAUGGCUGCUGCUAUGUUUUUAUCUCAUUUUUUAACGGGUAUUGCCAAAUUGUAUGUGCUUUUCUCCUUUGUGUACUCCUUUGUAGAUCAGGGACUGAUGGUAAUAAGGUAAUCUCAUUUGAUUUCCCACCAUGUGCUACAGUGUGGAAACUUAAGAGAGAGGGAGAUGAAAAGUUCCACAGUGAUGAAACAUAAAGUCUAGUGCAUUAAAUAUUAUUUGCAUAUAAUUCUCAUUGAAUUUUAAACCAUUUUUGCUAGAGCCGUGAUCAGGCUUAUGUGCUUUUGCUCUAGGCAUUCUAUGACUGUCACUUGCAACAUUACAGUACAGAUGUUUUUCUAGGAAAAGCACACUAACACACACAACUCCAACAAACAUGGGUGUUUUUAAAUGUGUACAUGUAAGAUCACAUGUAAGUAAGGUAAUUUUUAGUUUGACCCUGUCCAAACUAUUUAAGCCUUAGGCCAAUAUGCCUCCAAAUUUCAGUGCAUGGGGGGAGCAUUUAAGAACCCAUAAAUGCUCUGGUAUGACCUAUAUGUUGCCUGGCCCUGAUUUAAGGUAAGGCAUUAAAGGAAAGAUAGAUUCCAGCAUAAAUAAAAGCUUGAUCUGGAACAAUUCAUGAACAUUAUUUUACUGCAUUUAAACAUAUACUCAGGCCAAGAUCCAAUGAGUGAUAUACACUGGUGUUUCAAAAUGAUGGACCUCAUUUCAAAGCAGUAUGUUUCACAGUAGUAACAUGUUACAAUUACACGAAUGGUUUAAUGAGUAAUGAAGUUAUCGAAUUUUACUAACCAUUUUGCGCCAGAAACAUGUCAAAUAGAGAAUAUCCCAUUGGGCCUUAUUUUGUGGGGUUGCCAUUUUUCAAAUGAUUUAGAGUAGGUCAUUUGUGUACUGGGAGAGGCAUCAAGAAGUAAUCCUCUGAAACUAUAUGCCCCAUCUUUCCAAGGGAUAAGAGUUUCAUUUAUUGUUGGAUUGUGGUUGUGUUAUGAAUAAUUUUUCAAUAACUUUGAAGCAUAGCUUCUUAUUAGUGCAAUUUUCCAGCAUGAGAAAUGGUAUCAGAACUUUUACACAAAGAAUGACAUUGGACAUACAGAUUCUGUGUCACUAUACUGAAUCCACAACAACCUACAGUUUCAUUGGCUAACAAACAAAGAAAGGGGAAUUACAUUUUUACUCAGCAUUCACAUUACCCAUACACUUCCAUUCAUUUUCAUUCAUCCCAAUAUUACCAUAUCCUUUCUCCCUCUUUGGAAAAGCACCUGCUUAGGGCAAACCCUGGUUUCCCUGCAGCCUGCCAAUGCACAGUUCUAAAACUUCCAAAACACCAAAAUGCAUCUUCUUUCCCUAAGAACAAUGCCAAGGCUCAGAAACUGGCUCCCUGCAAAGGUAUCAUGACUCCAAAACCUCCUUUCUCUUCCCUUGAGAAAAGGAGGCAAGUGAUCAGACUGUUCCAUUGCAGAUCUGCUACUCCCAAAGGUACACCAUCUCUCUCCUUCUCAAGAGGCAGAGUAUGGCAGGUGAACAGCACAGCUGUCUGUCACACUUGAGAACUAUUAGAUUGAGUCUGUAAUAGGAAUAAUUCUUGCUGAUGUUGUUCCAAAGUUGUAAAUUAAUGAUAGAUGUUUUUCCAGCCUGAAACAUGUUGAUUCCAUCAGUUCCUGGAAAGAUGUUGACUUUGUUUAACUGGUUUUCCUUAUCAAGGAGCCUUAUUUGCUUCCUUCGUAAUGUAAAGAAUCUUGUAAGCAUUCCUUAACUUAAAGAGCAUUGUCUCUGAUAAUGUAAACAUGCUGUUUUUUCCCCAAAAAGUUCAACAGAUCAUCAUUGUCACAGUUCUCAUCAGCAACUUUUAAUUACAGUCCAAUUACAGUUCACCUUCUUGUAGUUUUCCAGACCUCAGUCUCAGGAUGAUAGCUCUAGCCCAGGGGUCCUCAAACUUUUAAAGCCGAGGGCCGGUCCACAACCCUUCAGACUGUGGAGGGGCCGAAUUAUCAUUUGAAAAAAAAAACAGAAGAAAUUCCUAUGCACACUGCACAUGUCUUAUUUGUAGUGCAAAACAGCAACAACAAUGAAAGAACAAUACAAUAUUUAAAAAUGAAAACAAUUGUAACCAACAUAAACCUAUCAGGAUUUCAAUGGGAAGUGUGUGCCUGCUUCUGGCCAAUGAGAUAGUCAAGUGAAUUAGGAUUGUUGUUGUUGUUGUGUGCCUUCAAGUCAUUUCAGACUUUGGGCGAGCCUAAGUCUAAAAUUAUUUAUUUAUUCAUUUACUACGUUUAUAUCCCGCCCUUCUCACCCCGAAAGGGACUCAGAGCAACUGUAUAUACAUACAAUAUAUUAUUAGCAUAGCACAAUAUUAGCAUUAUAUAUUACUAUAUUGAGCUAUACCACUAUACUGUAAUAUUAUAUGUAAUAUAUAACAUAUAAUUAUUAUUAUUAUUAUAUGGUAUUAUUAUUAGUAUUAUAUUGUAUAACAUUAUAAUAUUAUUAUAAAUAUUAUAUGUAUAUACAAUAUAUUAUAUUAUUUAAAAUGAUAUAAAAUAUUAUAUUAUAAAAUUGAGGGCGGGGGCCAGGUAAAUGACCUUGGAGGGCAUUAGUUUGGGGACCCUUGCUCUAGACUAUAUAGACCCCAAUCAUACAUCUUUCAUACUAUUCUAUUCAAACUAUACACCAUAUUUCAUGACAGUUGCAGAGAGAUAGCUAUUUUGAAUCCAGUCCAUCUUUUUGAAACACCCUGUAUUUCAAUGAAUGUUACAUGGGAGGAGUCUAGCGCACCCCCUUCCCCAGUUUGAUGGCAUGAGGUCCAUCCUCUUGAUCAUUUAGCAGCCAAGGGGCAAGAAGGAGUUCCAGCACAAUCCAGCUGCAGUCGUAGAGCUGAGAUAAAGGGAGAGCUCCCAUCCUCCCAGGCCAUCAUCAUAACAUAUAUAGUCCCGGAUGGUGACAACUCAGUCAAAGAAUGUAGUUGCCCAGCUUUAUGCCCAACAGCAUGACCGUUGGAUCUUGGUCUCUCAUUAUUACGGAAGGCACUAUUUAUAAACAAUAGAUCAGACCUGUUUGAAUCAGUAAAACACUAAAUUGCAUGCUGUUCAUGCAAUGAUGAUAAUAUAGUGAACAUAAGCAUUUUCCUCUGUAGAUCACCUUCUUGGUUCCACUUUUGUUCCAAAGAAAAAAAUAUAUUAAAAUAUAAACCAGAUGCCUUCUGCUAACUGAUAAAAAGUGAUCACAAGUCAAGUUUUUAAGUGCAAUAUAUUCACUUUCUUUUAUACAGGAAAGAUUAAAUCAAUAAUGGCAGAUAAUAAACCUAGCUUCUUAUUAUAUAUUUAAUUUUUAGGGAAUGGUGUGGGACUAAAUUUAAUAUUUAUAAUAUUUGUGUUGCGAAUAAGUUGGCUUCAGUCUAGUAUGAGUACUAAAGAUUAUAUAGAGAGUAUUACUUAACGUGUUUCAGAUUUGAAGUCCUUUAAAUAAUUAAAAGGGGGGAAGAUACAGCUGUAUACAACAAUCGUGCUGAAAAUGUACAGUUUCCAGUUAAACAUAUUUAUAUUCCCUUUUCAAGAUAUGAUACAAUUACCAUUUUGAAAUUAUAGUCUCCAAAAUAAUAUUAACAUUCAGAGUAAGAGCCCAAUCUUAUACUUGUCUAUUCAGAAACAAGUACAGAUAAGUUCAGUGAGACUUCCAUAGGCUGUAAAAUAAAAGUAUAAUAAAGCCAACAGCAGAAUCCUUUGUAUCUUUGCUCAGAAAUAAACCUUAUUGUGUCCAGUGGGAUUUACUCCCAAAUAUUGGUUCACAAGAUUGUUGUCCAAUCCUAAACACAGAGACAAUGUACUGAGUCCUUACUGAGUAGCAGACUUGUGAAGUCGUAUCUGUGAAUCUAUAUUCUUAGACACAAUACAGUAGACUGCUGAAUAAGCAUAAGAUUGGACUAAAUAAGCAUAAUAUUGGACUAUAUGGAGCAAUCUCUUUAAAUAAAGAUGAAAAAUAUUAUAGACUUCUUCCCAAUGUCUGGGGCUAUGUUUUGUAUCAUCAAGAUCCCAUCUUAUGUCAUAUUUGUUGAUUUUCAUUAUUUACCCUUCAAUCCUCAACUUCAUUAAAAUAUUUUGUAUGCAUGUGUAUAGUUUGCUGCUUGGAUAAUCUGAAUGGCCUUGCAUAAAAUACACCAGUGUGUAUAAAUAUGCAAGGUUUAAAAAGACAUUUUCCUUUAUGUCAUUAAAAACCAAGUAAUUAUCAUAUCCAUUUGAGAAUAUAAGAGUUCUUGGAGAGGCCUAAAUAUCCUGUAAGGGCACCAAUUCGAUCGCAUGUUGAAGCUAAGAGGGAUCUGCUCUUGAUAGUACUUGGAUGAGUGUUUUCCAACAAAAAUCAGAUGAUGUAGGCAAUAUUUCAGAGGAAAUAACUAGCAAAUUAGUUGCCUUAAAAAACCCUAUGAAAUCCAUGGGUCACUAUAAGUCAACAGGUGGCCGAGAAAGACAAUAAUCCAGAAGCCUGAUCAUGAAUACCAACCGAGAAUACUCAGAGCCCAUCCAGAUAGGGCCCAAAAUGCGUGAGAUCUUGAGCUUUUUCCUGAGGCGUCCAAAUGACGCCUCUAGUAAAACCGAAUUAAUUUGAGAUGAUGCAGGUAAACCCUGCUUUGUCCCAAAUUAAUUAGAUACCUGGUACAACCUGGAUCUUUGAUAAGAUCCGGUUCUUUCUAGGUGUAGGUCCAGUGUGAAUUGAGCCCGGAAAAGCAAGAGGGCACCUACCCCCUCGCCAAAAACCCCAAAAUAAGCCCUUAAAAAUAAAAAAAAUACCUGGCCAUUAUUAAACUACUGCUGGAGUCCAUCUAGAUAUUCCUCCCCCAAGAAAGCAUGGGUUUUUGGGAGGAGGUUUGGGGACUUCAAUGUACACCUAAGUGGGUUACCCAGUUCAGCACAUGUUUAAGUGAAGACUGGAACCGCCUCAGAAAGCCAGUCCCCUCAAUAAUCCUGUUUUCAAACUAGCAUUGAGCUACUACACAGAGAGAGACAACUACACACACUUUUUACAAAGGACCAUUUAUCUCCACAAUGGUCUUGUAAUUUCGAGAGUGGGGCAGAUAGAGGGGUUGACCUUAAUUUUGACAAGUUGACCAAGGUUUCCCUCCCUCCAUACUCAAAAACUAUCAACAACAAAAUAACCCUUACUUUCAUUCAUACUUUUAAUAAGUCUGGUUUGACGUUCCCCAACCAUAUUUCCCAAUGCAGUCUCAUUGGUAAUUCUGGUUAAAAAAUACAGUAUGACCAAGAGGUUGUAGUCUAAUCUAUAGUAGCAGUCCCUGAUCAGAGACAAAUUAUUGAAUAUGUUUCUCCCUUUCAAAUGGCAGCUAUAGAAGAUGCCACUUGCCACAGUUCGUAUUGGCAUCGACAGAUAUUCAGCCUUAAUUUUGCCACCCCAGUGUACAUGCUGGAGGACUCCGUAGCACUGAAGGGGUUCAACACUUGAUAUGAGACGUAUUAUCAAAGGAAGCAAAAUCUUAUUUGGACAUCAGGGCAUAUCACCUUUAGUAGCUAUUGUUUUCUAUAUACUAUAAUGCAUAGUGUCGUGAGUUUCGUUUUAGAAAUACAGUAGAUGCAAACCUAUAAAAUAUCUGUUUCAGUAUUCAAGUAGUUCCUGAGUUAACUACAAAAUUCUCAUAAUGAAUUCAAUCCUUUAUGAUUAUGUCAAUCAAGUGUAUUACUGAUUAACUUCAAUUUUCCUAGCAUGCCAUGCUUAUCUGGGCUUGACCAUUCAGUCUUAAUUUCACAUUUACCUUUAGGAGCUGCAUUCAUGUCUGUGCAAUGGUUUACCGCUGGAUUUAACAUUUGUUCUCCAUUUCACCUUUAAAGGGCUCAGCAUGUAUACAUUACUCCCUCCAUUUCAUACAUUCAUGGGGAGGAGAUUUAAAAAGUGAGAUGCAAAGAAUACUGCUCCAAAAUUAUUCUUUCAUGUAAAAAUAAAACACCACUAUAACCAUGCAGCUUUUUCUGUACAGAAAUAAACUCAUAGAUUCACUUAGUAUGUAAUGUGCCAAAAUAUUCAAGUACGGCCUAAGGACUAAAUAAAAUGCCUCCUAUAAAAUUUCAAGGAAUGUUAGAAACAGGAAAGUAGCUCUUUAGUUAUCAUUAAAGAAUUCUGUGUGUAUGUGUGUCACACACACACAAAAGAAAUCAUAAUAAGAAUGAGGAUGAACUGAGUGCCAAAUAUUUGCCAUCUGUAUAAAAUCUACACUUCACUAGAAUUAAACUAGUUUAUGUAAUUCUCUUAUUCAUGCUUUUAUGGUUCUUUUGAGAAGUUCUGUUUAGUAGCAUGCUGGAUACCUAAAUUGAAUGUACAGUAUAUUGUUUCAUUGCUACAACAAUUUCUUGUUUCUCAGUAAUAUCUGAUUUACCAAAAAUGUUAGUUUAUUUAUUUGGGAACAUCUUUGCCAAUUGUUUUAUUCUUGAUUUUCUCCUUUUUUCCCAUUAUCUUCUAUUUGCCUUCAGCUUAUUGUAAGGAGAACAAGAAAAUGUGCUUCACUAUCUCCCCCCACUUCCCAUAGCUCUUUUAUGAAGCUGCCUCUUUUAAUUGGUUCCUGUAUUGUUUAUGAUCAUCUUCUGUAAAUAAUUCUGCAAUUAAAUUUUUUGAGAAAAAUG